AUGUUUUUUUUUUCUUUUUUCCAGAUACUUGAACGUUCAAUUAAGCUACUAUUUGAAACAAGAGAUAUAAGCCAGAUCAAACAGUAUGUGCAGAGGCAGUGCAUAAAGCUUCUGGAAGGGAAAGCCAGCAUGCAGGACCUUAUCUUUGCCAAGGAGUACAGAGGAAGUUUUGCUUACAGACCUGGAGCCUGUGUGCCAGCACUGGAACUAACGAGAAAAAUGGUAGCAUAUGAUCGUCGUUCUGAGCCCCGUGUUGGAGAGAGGGUGCCAUAUGUGAUAGUGUAUGGGACGCCUGGAGUACCCCUUAUCCAGCUUGUACGACGACCCAUUGAUGUCCUGCAAGAUCACAAUUUGAGAUUAAAUGCAACCUACUACAUCACCAAACAGAUAAUGCCACCACUAAACAGAAUCUUUUCACUCAUUGGAGUGGAUGUCUUCAGUUGGUAUGAUGAAUUACCAAGGAUUCAGAAAGCUUGUUCAACAGCACGGAAUGAGCUGGACGCAAGGAAAGGCACAAUCUCUCAGUAUUUCACUACUCUGCAUUGUCCUGUCUGCGAUGAGCUAACACAACAUGGAAUCUGCAGUAAAUGCAGAAGUCAACCUCAACAUGUAGCAGUGAUUCUUAAUCAAGAAAUUAGAGAGCUGGAGUAUAGGCAAGAUCAACUGGUAAAGUUAUGCAAGAAUUGCACAGGCUGCAGGGAUCAACAGAUUCAGUGUGUGUCCCUCAACUGCCCAGUACUUUUCAAGCUUUCCAGAGUGAGUCGGGAGCUCUGCAAGGCUCCAUAUCUACGUCAACUCCUCGACCAGUUUUAG